UCAAAAUCUCACCAUCUCUCUCUCUCAUCUGUUGUUGAUCACUAAUACCUUCAUCCAUGGCUACUUACGAUCGUGACCGACACCCCCAGCAGGUCCAAGUUCACACCGUCCAUGACCAACGCAUCGACCGGUUCGGCGACCGCUCCCACUACCAAAACCAACAAGGCCCAUCAAAGAGCAAAGUGUUGGCAGUCAUGGCCUUGCUGCCAGUCGGUGGAGCCCUUCUGGGGCUCGCUGGAAUCACCCUUGUUGGGACCAUGAUCGGGCUGGCUGUUGCGACCCCGCUUUUCGUCAUCUUCAGCCCGAUCCUGGUCCCUGCGGUCCUGAUGAUAGGGCUUGCGGUGGCCGGGUUUUUAACAUCCGGUACUUUCGGGCUCACCGGGCUGAGCUCGUUGUCGUAUUUGGUGAAUAGUUUGAGGCAGAUAACCGGGACGGUGCCAGAGCAGGUCGACUCGGCGAAAAGAAGGUUGCAGGAUUUGGUGGAGUAUACUGGACAGAAGACUAAGGAUGUGGGUCAGACUAUUCAGGAUAAGGCUCAUGAUAUCGGACCGGAGGGUGCGGUUCAUGCGGGCAGUGCGGUUGGUGGUGCGAAGGAAGGACGUGGUACCAAGGCUUGAUUGAAGAGUUGUGUGGAGUUGAAUGAUGAAUAUGUGUGUGUUUUUUAAUUUUAAUGUAGUUAUGAUUAUGAAGCUUUUAAGUUUAUGAAUGUGAGUUUUCGUUUGUGUUUGGGUUGUGUGUUAA